AUGAACUACGAAGAGAGGAGGAUUGCCGGCUCACUGAAGGCGCGUGCAUCGAAAGUGGCUGAAGUCGCGAGGUUGAAAUUUUGGCUUUUCCAGAAGAAAUCUGCUGCUGAUGCUUUCACGGCACUAAAACUUGACCAGCAUAUGGAUGACGUUCUGCUCAGCCCGAAACUGAAUACUUUGAGCACUUAUGUCGACAAGUUCAACAAGAAAUUCCCAGAUAGCCAAGUAUCAUUGGCCGGUACACUCAUAGCAAAAUACGGAGACAUUGCUGUUGCCAAAGCACUCGUGAGGGCGAAAGAGACCUCAAGCUCGAAGGAUAUUGCUUCGAAGUUGCAGACCCAGCAAUUGGAGGGUUGGCUGAACAGCCACAAGUCCGUAGAGAUGUCUUCACCUUGCUGA